AUUUGCUUUGCUGCUCGCCAUUUGACAUCUCGCACUAUAGUCUCGCUACAUUUGCUUGUUACGCCCCUGCAUUGGGUUUUUUCUGUUAGUGUGCUGCACUCGUUUGUAACCUCUACUCUGUGCAGGUCAUCUUGGUCAAAUGUGACCAGUGAGCGAAUAAGCGAUGACAGAAAACAAGCAGCUUAUUUAUGAAAUGUUUUGAUCAGGGAAUUGAAAUAGUUCAUUGUCUUUUUUUUCCAGAGUGCAGAGCGCAACUUGAUGUGUGUGGGCAGGCCCCUCUCAACAACCGCAUUGUGGGGGGUGUUGAGUCCCCUGUUGGUGCAUGGCCCUGGCAGGCCAGUCUGCACAUUGAUGGAAAACACUUCUGCGGGGGGUCGCUCAUUACCAGUGAGUGGGUGAUGUCUGCCGCGCACUGCUUUUUCAGUUCAGCUCCAAUUACAGUGUUUUUGGGCCGUCAGCGGCAAUUUGGUUCAAAUCCUAACGAGGUGUCUAGAACUGUAACGGAGAUCAUCCGCCAUCCCGACUUCGACGACCCAUCAUUUGACAACGACGUGGCUCUCUUGCACCUUUCUGAGCCAGUCACCUUCAACACCUUCAUCAGGCCCGUCUGUCUGGCCGCAAAAGAGAGCACUUUCUACGACGGAACCAGAAGCUGGGUCACUGGAUGGGGUGAUAUUGCAGAGGGAGUUCCAGCACCAUUCCCACAGGAACUGAUGGAGGUUGACGUUCCCAUAGUCGGAAGCCGCCAAUGCUUUUGCGACUACAGCGACCUGAUAAAUAUCACCGACAACAUGAUUUGUGCCGGCCUGAGAGAUGGAGGCCAGGACGCCUGCCAGGGGGAUUCCGGCAGUCCCAUGGUGAACAAAAAAGGCGACGUGUGGGUGCAGAACGGGGUGGUGAGCUUUGGACUAGGUUGCGCCCGGCCCAAUUUCCCGGGUGUCUACACGCGGGUGUCCCGGUACCAGGAGUGGAUCACUGAACAAAUAGGUGGCUACAACCUGCCGGGCUUCAUCAAAUGCAAGUCCCCAUGCCCCAACCGAGACCUAGAAGUGAGCUGUCCUGGCCUGCCUCCUCCUCCCUCCGACGGCUGCAAAUGUGAUGUUGAAGUAUGGAAAUGCAUCGGAAGCGCACAAAAGCAUUGCGGGCAUAUGCAUAUGCACCCAAUCAUGACACAUUGAUUUACCAAAGAUAAAUAA